AUGACAGAGGAACCUCCACAGAAAAGGGCACGUACUGUUACUAAGUCGGUUUUGCUCCAGGCGCUCCAGGAAUUUAAGGACCCAAGCCUUUGCACCUACAAUAGCUAUGGCUUCAAGGACCGUUUGAUUAACCCCAAAGAGACAAAGGCUUCUGUGGCAUACCUUGAAGUUGGCAAACAACUGCCAUUCACAGGCCGUGCGAAUGAACUUAAAGAACUCUCAUACAUAGUCAGUGGCAACAUGGCAGUUUGGAAGAAUCUGCGUUGUGCAGAAACUGAUACGUUUGAAUUAGUUGUGGAAAUUGCUAAGCGCACGUUCCAACAUCCAGUAGUUGCAGGUGGCCCUGGCCAUGGCAAAACUACCCUAAUGCGCCUUGGUAUUAUGAAGGUGAUGCAAGACUUGUAUGAGAAAAAUUGGUCACACCGUGCAUUUGAAUGGGACCUUAACUACAGCCCACUGGACAGUGUAGAGAAGAUAUUAAUCAGAACGCCAAGUGGUGCUGAAAGCAUUUUGGCACUGCAUAUUCUUCAUAGGUCAUUCAAUGGUGAUGUUAUAUACUCUGACUUCAUCAGAGAUCUGCAGCCUCAUCUUCUAAAACAACAUCUUGACUACUCUGAUAUUACUAUUGAUGCUGUGUUAGACCAUGUGUUAGCAACAAUGUCACUUGAACCACCAGAUAAUGAACCCAUCAUAGUCCUUUUUCACAUUAGCAAGACACAAAAGCUGUUGCAAACAGAGUCUUAUCAUGAACUGGAAGCACUCAUAGAGGCAACAUUCCUUUUCAAUGUGAAAAUGGCACAACGUAAAGAUGGCCGUUACAUGUUGCUUACAACUUUUGAUGGCACAUAUCGUGCAGAACUGCUAAAGGCAUUUGAAAGGAGUGGUGUCAGGUGCCGUUCAAUCAUCUUGAAUUCUGUGUCACUCCAGACAUACAUAGCUAUUCUCCAUGGACUUGCUGCUAUGGCCAAAAAUAGUGGUAUCAAGUGCAAUUCUGGUCUGCAACAAUUUACACCAGCAGGACCACUCAAUGCCCUUAUCUCAGACUGUGGUGAUAAUGUACAGCUCUUUUCACUUCUCUUGUAUCAAAUAGGCUGCUUUGAAAAUGAUGAAAGGAGAUUCACAUGGGAGAAUUUCUUUGCAAACCUUUGGAGGAUGCAGAUGAAGUUAGGCUUAUACAUGAUCCCCAUUGAAUCAAUAAGGAUGGGUGUUAUAAACCUUGUCAACACACAUUAUUAUUUUUAUACCAAUGAUAUGCAGAAUCUCAACUGUAGACAGCUGCUGCGUGUUUUGAUUCCUGCUCUACUAAAUCGAGACAUCACUGACAACAUUACAUCCAAAGUAUUAGAUUCAGAGACAACAUGGGAAUGCCUGGAAAAAGAGGGUGUGAUAAGUUUGCAUGGAAAAACAGUGGAAUUACCCUUCAUACUUGUUCAGGUAUACCUUAACCAAUGUAAAGGAUACAAUGAUUCAAUUAUAUCAUUCAUUCACUUGCUCAAUGAACUCGAUAGGCCAUCAGACUUUCGCCAGAAUGAAAAAUGUGAUCUUGCUCUUACUGUACUAAAUCUUUUCCAUUUUCAUUACAACUACCCAAAGCUUGUGACUUUCACCCUUGCAAAUUUGUUUGAAGGCCUUGAAGGGGCUGCAGCAAAUAUUGAAUUGGAGUUUCCAUCAUUUAUCACAAAUUAUAACAUUAUAGGAUGGCCAACAGUGAAAUCUCAUCAAUUUAAUCCAGAAAAGGAUCUUCAUGAAGGAGCAUACCUUGGAUGUGGCAAUGACCCUUAUGUAGACUCAUGGUUUGUGUUCCGUCGUAGCAAUUGUCCAGUUACUGAUCCAGGUGUAGUUGUUUUGGGAAUCCAGAGCAAAUGCCACAAAAAGCAAAAGACUAUUAAAGCAGAAGAUGUCAAGGUUGAAAAGGAAAAGUUUAGGAACUGUUUGCCACCUGGGACACCAUUUGUCUUUAUGAUAGUAGCAGACAUGACUUCCACAUUGGUUGCAGGUGAUGAUGAGAUAAUUGUCACAACCUCCAACAUGGAAAAAUUGUAUGGGCCAUGGCUAAGCCUGCGUCGUAGAUUUGCCUUGGGAAGAUUUAGAGUUUGA